AUAUACGCGCGAUUUCGCGGAGGCAGGGGGGUGUAUACAGUGCGAGAGCGAUGGAGCCAACGCAUAUCAUCGUGAAAGGCGUCCUGAGACUCGCAGCGAUUGUUUUCGCAGUGAUACUGGUCGUUGUGUCAGCAAUUACUCUCGGAAUAGUCAAUAGUAACCGAGAUUUCGAUGAAAUCAGGGAAUAUCGGAGUGCACCACAAUCCAUCAAACAGCUAGAGGACCUGGUGGACAGUACAGUGUCAACAUCUGCCUGGCUGAUAUUGCUCAGCAUCAUAGUAGUGGUCUGGCAGGCAUUGUACAGCGUUCUCCUUCUGAUGUCCUCUCUUCUCAGCUUUCUACAGAGAUACUCGGUGGUAUUAGCCAUCACGGAUGUGGGCCUCAGUUUAUCAGCCGUCGUCUGUUUCUUGGCCACCACAAUCGCCUGCAUAGUCUUAGCUGAUGCCUGGGGAGGACCACCUGAGGCCUGUGAUCGUUACAGCAUCUAUUACAGGGGCCUCAAUUGUGACCACAAUCACUUGGAAGGGACCAACGGAACUGCUGCACUACUGUGCACCGUUGAGUUGGUUCUGCUGGCAGUUCUUGGAGUGCUAUCAGCCGCGGGCUGUCUCCCAGUGAUGGUGGUGUGUCUAAGGGGAGCCAAGAGAGCUAGUAGACCCAUUUCCAGCAAAGAGCCAGGGGCAGUAGACACGUAGAUUGUGUUUCAAUUCCAACUCAGUUUUGUAUCCCACCUAACCAUAAACACUUUCCAGUUACAUAAGCAGUAUAAACAUCUAGGGGGGCCGCCACAUCAAUGUAUACAGCAACAAAGCCAACAACAGUUGGUUUUUUAAUUUCCCCAAAUAAACAUGAGCGCACAUGAGUGAGACAGAGAGAGAGAUACUUUUUCAUUGGCAGGUUUAUGAUACAGAAUGGAAUUGUGAAGUGUUAUGGGGGGGGGG